CGAAUUCAACACAUAUUAAUUACAUGCUAUUAAAGAUCUGUCAUUCAUUCAUCAACAAAAUAACAUCAUACAUCAACAAACAUAGAAAUCUAAAAGUGAAAAUUCCAGAAAAAGACAGCGGAUCCGGUUCAAACAGAGGAACCCCACACACGGGAUCAAGCUCUGUUCGUCACCUUCACCACCCUUUUCCUGAAAUUUCUCAGUUUCAGAAAAUUACCUAAGGGCAAGAAAACCCCAAAAAUGUUAAAUCUCCAGCUGGUCUCUUUUAAAAAAAUUCACAAUCCUUCUCUUUCAGCCGCUCGAAAUCUCCUUCUAUUCCUCCCAAAACUCAGGCGAAAAACUCCUCCACAGAAAACCAGACCCCCCCCUAAAGACCUCUGCCUCUUGCUCUAUAUAGACCCAAAUAACAGUACAAUAACAUAAAAAAAAUUUCUCUGAGGAUGCUAAUUGUCUGUUAUUCACUGUCUUUUCUGCAUGGCUGUAGCGUACAGGUUGCAGGGCGCGGGAUUGGGCACUGGAGUGCAUGAGGCGCAGCAAGGUGCAGCAGCAGGGGUGCAGGCUCGGUGCAGGGGGGUAGGUGCAGCGUGCGAGGGGGUGAUGAUGGCUAGGUGUAGGGCAGGUUGCAGGCGUGCGAGGGGGUGAUGAUGGCUAGUUCGGUGAUUGGGGCUAGGGCGCGGUGCAGGGCUGGUGCAGGCUAAGGGUCUGGGUAGCAAGCAGGGUUCAGGUGAGGCCUAGCAAGGUCGGGCGCAGGAGUAGGGGAUCUGGUGAUGAGUGCAGAUCUGGGCUUGGGCAGAGGCGGGUGCAGGCGCGUAGGGGGUAGGCGAGCAGAGGAGGGUGGAGGCUGAUUCGGUGCAGAGCAAGGCUGGUGCAGGGGCGCAUGAUGGCUCGGGCGUGCAAAGCUGGUUGGUUUGGGAGGAAGCUGUUGGCUGGUUUUGGGGAGGGAAGGAAAAGGAGAAGUCGGGUUGAAUGGGUUUGGGUUUGAGUAUUUGGGUUUUGGGUAUGGGCUUGUUUUUUUGGGUUUUGGUGGGCUUUGGGUUUGGGUUUUUAGGUAAUUGGGUUGGACUUGUAAAUUCAUUUUGAUGAACUUCACCCCUCCAUCUUUUGAUUUCUUCAAUCGAGUCCCUUGUCUUGAUUUCCUUUUCCCGUUCUUCUUGAAUUUCGUUUUACACAUAACCCCUGAAACAAAAUAAAGAUGUAUUAGUCAA